AUGCAAUUCUCCACUGUUGUCGUCGCUUUGACCGCUGCCACUGCUGUUUCCGCUGCCAACGCCUCUAACGGCUCCAACUCCUCCAACGGCUCCAACGGCUCUGGCAAGCCACCAUCCUCCGGUGCUGCCCAGGCCUACGGUGCCGGUGCCCUCGGUGUCGCCGCUGCCGCUGGUGUCGCUAUGUUGUUGAAGGACGAUUCUUCGUUGUGA